CCACCAUGGAUGCUUUCUAAAUACAUUUUCUGCUGAAACAUUAUCAAAACUAUCGUAACACAGGCAUAAGGUAGCGUAUUCAUAACCAUUUCAUGUAAUAAUUUGAGGGUAAGUUUCUCUGGCAACCAAUCACCUUUUAGCUAGUCCCAAUAUCCGGACUUCGGUGACGCAAUCCUGCAUCCACCAAUCCUGCUUUUCACCAAUUAUAAUAUUAAUCAAUAUGUUUUUAUCAUCCGUCCUACGUUACGUCACUAGGUCUUUAAAAUGUACUGUACUCCCUUCAAAGUCAAAUUUUGUGUCAUGCUUUGAUUUAUAUUUUUUUGUUUGAUUUUUGGCUUUGUGGGAAAAUAAUAAAUUAUUUUCAUUCACUUCAUAACUGUGGUCGGCAAUUAGAACUGUUUUUAAGACCUCUUAAGUAAAUUCCUGCAUCAAAGAGAGUAUUUCACGUCUAACCAUCCUGAAUGACUUUGUUUACAUCUAAACUAUUUAAUUACGCACAAUUUUGAAAGAUCAGUGGAAUUCCCCUUUAGGCAGCCUCCAGCAGACAAUCUAUGUAACAGUGAGCGGAGCAGUGCCUGCCUCGGCUCUGAGCUGAAUGCGGUGGGGUCAGUGUGUUAGAACGCUGACCUCGCUCGAGCACAUCUGAGCUGAUAAAGCGAGGCUCUCAAUAACCGCCCGCCCGCGCGCAGCUGUGCCUGCUCUGACCGAGUUCCCGCGCAGACGGCCCGGGGGAGAGUGAGUGCAGGUGACGCUACAGCGAGUUUAAUCUUCAUCCGCUCAUGGAAAGCAGUAAAUCAUGCAGUCUGACGGAACUCAUAGAGGAGGCUACAGUCACCUCUUUAAUUCCAUGCGAUCAUACUUAUGCAGCCAUGACAGAGUUCAGCCUAUAGUAGGCCUUGGCUCUAUUAUUGAGCUGUGUACAGAUGCUGAACCUCCAGUUUACCUCUGUGAGGUCUGCAUUCUCAAAAUUAACAAGAGAGAUAUCAAAACCCACAUCAUGGGCAGCCUUCACAGAUACAACUAUAUUAAAUCCCGUCAUGUAUAUGGUUUGAAGGCUGAAGAAGAUCUGACUUCUUUGGCUUGGCGUCUGAUGGAGCUGGCAAAAGUUGUAGAAAAGAAAGAGGGAACAGGAAAUGUACAGGUGCUGCAUCUGGAUGACGUCAUCUACAAGGAGAUGAUAUCAAAGCCUGCUCUGGAUGCUGUUGCUCAGGUGAAGAAGAUAAAGAUACAAACACGCAUCAGUGGCCUCCAAUCUAGCAUUUUCAACAAACACACCAAAUGUGAGAGGUCCACUGCAGCACUGAGUCCAGCUUGGACAUCAACUAGCUGGAGUUCUAAACUGAGACAAUCAAGAAAUGUCAGCUCAGCAAAUGCCCCAUGUCUGACCAGGUCCUGUAGCCAGGGCAGAAUGUUACCUGAAAAAGAAGCACAGAGUCCAGUGCGAUGUUGGAUGCCAGCAGAAAUUCUCCAUCCAGAUGGAGACACUACAGUACAGAGUCCAGUUCGAACAAUAAUCCCGGCCAGAACUCCACCAGGAUUCACAGUUUCUUCUGAAUUCGCAAGUCCUACCAGACCUAUUAGCCCAACCAGAGCCUUCAGCUCAGGCACUGCUCCAAGGCCACUGAAAAGAUGGAGUCCUGUCAAAGCCUCAGAGCAUAAUGCCUUUAUGCAUGCAGACAAAGCAGAUGAUGUGAGUGGAGUCAUUGACACAGACAGAUCUUUUGGCACGGACUUAUACCUUUCUAAUACAGAACAAACUGCCAAACGCAAACAUGAAGCCCAGUGUCAGAAUAGUUCUCUGACCAUGACCAUAAACCAAAAAACAAACCAAGAAAACAUCAGCUGUCAGAAGAUAAGUCAGGGAGUAAAUGGAACUUUGUCACCGGUUAUCCCUCAGGAUCAGGACCAAUGCCAAGAUGAUCCCAAGGUUCAGGAACCAUUCAAAACAGUUUGGUCGCUAAAGGAUAGCAAUGGUGAACAAGAGGAAUUGCAACAAACAAGGCCUUUGGGGUUUGAGCACUUGUCCAGAAACUCAGUAAUGCUGAGUCAACAUGAACUUAAAGAUCAUUCACAAACCUGUUCUGCCAAGUCACCAAUGCUUUCUGAGGAGUCUCCAGAAAGUUACAGGGGAGCACAGCCUCUUAUAGGUCUACAGGCUGUUAUCAAGUGCCAGAGUGUAGAUGGAGAUCCACCACCCUGCUGUUACUUGUGCCGGCCAUGUUCUUUGAAGGUCUUGAAGAGUGACAUCAUCCACCACCUGAUCAGCCCUCAGCACCAGCUCAACUACAUUAAUUUUCAUCAUCCUCACCUCUUGCUGGACAUGGAUGGAGACCUGAGCCUGCAGACAGUAGCUAUGCAGCUAGAGCAAGAAGAAGGGAGAGGACAAAUGAAGGUGACAAGAUUAUCAGCGUGUCUCCUUAGUGAGAUACUGGAGAAAGAUUUCGACUGGUGUAUAAAGAUGUUAAACUGUGGGUCUACUGCUGAAAUUAAACCAGAGCAAAGUCCCUUAAUGGCAGGGAGCAGCAUGAGCUCAGGAUGCAGCAUUACCCUGAAACGGCCAUAUGAGUCCGCUGGAAUCACUGUGGACCACAAUCGUGAUAGAACCUUGCAUGACCACACUGGAAAAGUUCCCCUUAGACAAUGGAGUUCAAGCAGGAGAGCAGUUAGUCUCAAGAAAGCAAGACGCAAAGAGCCAGUGUUUAAAGUAAGCCUGUCACUAAGUGCAGGGCCUGUUAUCGUGGACAGAAUGUCCCCUGUAUCAACAACAGUGGCUCCUGAAAUUGAAUGCCAGAACCCUGAGACCGAGUACACAGAGAAUGAUGCAUUUUCAGAAGACAUCACCUCAGGAAACCAUAUGCUCACUCUAGAACACAAAAACCUAGAGCAGAACCCUAAAACAUUUCAGAACGUGCAACUAUACCCCACCGAGUGCUUGUACACCGAGGAAAACUCACAAUCACUGAGAUAUACUAAUGCAGAAACAGAUACAAGUACAUAUGGGUAUAUGAACACACGUCAGUUUCCAGACAGUGUAGAGUACACAGGAACAGUCUUUACUGGCAGUUUAAACAGCAGUCAAGGGCCUGAGUCCUCUCAUAGACAUUUGCACCAUAAUUCAGUUGUGGAGGACGUCUCUGGUUCGAGCACAUCUAAUAACUGCCCAGCAGAUGGACUGUCAUCAACUUGCAAUGGCAAUGUUCGGAUCAUGGAGAGACAAGAAGUCAGAAGCAAUGCAUGUGAUUGGCUAAUAGAGAAAGAUCCAGUCACACAACAUGCUAAUAACUGGCCUAAAGAAAAUCCCAUGUUUGUUCAGUCAGAUGCGACACAAAUGAUGUUGGCCAAGCAAGUUCCCCAGCAGAUGUUUGGAGAGAGGAAUUGUGACGUGAUGAAUGUACCCAUGUACAUGCAUCCAGCAAUCAUUGGGGCUUAUGUCCCAGCAAUUAAUACAUACACAUCAUACCCUGUCCAGUAUGUGAACCAGAGGUGGAUGUGGGGAAGCACAUUGUUAACAGGUCUGUCGAACCAGCAUAACGUUUAGUUUUUUGUAUCUUAAAAUUCCCUUAAAAGCUGCAAAAGAAAUGCUCUAACAGCAACAUACUUGUAUGUAGCUGACUAGUCUUGUUCAUUAGAGCUUUAAAUAUGUGUUAUACAAAAUCUCUCUGAAAGUGUGAUGCAAGUAUUUACUUAACACUUAAUAUGUCCCUAUGCCUUAAUGAUGUCAGUGUUCUUAUUUCUCAUUAAGAUAGACACUAACUUUUUAUCACAAAAGAACACAAUUGUUCACGUCUUAUUUCUUGCAGAUGUUCUCAUGUAAACCAUGUGAUAUGACAGUGUUUGAAACUACAGCUCAAUGCGCUCUCAACCUUGUAUCAUUGAUUAAUUUGAUAAAAAUCUUCUGGUAUUCUUUUUGCAGACAGUUAUUGUAUGAAACAACUUUUCAAGAGUAAUUUGUCAUUUUAUUUACUGAUAGCAGAAAAGCAUAUUGUCAGUUAAUCAGAUUCUAACUCAAUGCAGUAUCAUCAAUCAUUGCUAUGAUGGUCAUUGAGUGGGCUACUGACAUGCCAGCUUUCUUUGUUUGUUUUUUUUUUGUCUUUUUUCUUUGUCUGGCCCCCUACAGCCCUGAAUUUUGUAAGGAGGUUCUGCAUGCUGCUAUCCAUUUAAAAAAGAAUGUGGUAAAGUUCAGUAAUAUUGUACUUUCAAGUGGCUAUUGUGUGUGACACAUCUAAUAAUUAUGUUCCUGAAAAGUGAUAGCUACUGCUGAGAUGUACAUUGUAUAUAU